AUUAUCGGCUACGAAUAUGUGUGUGCGCUUUGCUUGCUCAACGAUUUGGGGAUCUUUCGAAACGAAGGGCUGAUUGUUAUAACUGGUGUUGCUUUUGGAAGUAAAUUCGACGACUGUUCGCUGUGAUCGUUAUCAGCGAGUGCUGCUGUGUGAUGGUUUGCGUCGUUAUCAGUGCAAUGUUGCUUCUUGACACGUCGCUGCCUGUUUUCAACUUGCCGAGAAGAUUUUUUCCUCUUCCAUCUGUUUGUGAAUCUAGUUGCGGAUAGAGAAGAUUCUCCUCGCGUUUGGAGUGUGGAUUAUCCGUAAAUUAACCUCUGCGAAACGACGGUGGCAGUGGCAGUGGGAAUGUGUUAAAAUACGGGCAAUCGCGAUCGCUCACUGGACGAUCAGUUCCUCCGUGAAGAGAAGAAGGGCAGUGGGAGUAGUGGUCUUAGUGUCAUAACGUCAUCACCAUCCGAAGCACUUGCGAAUAGCGCGACAUUACAACGUAGUGAAAACGGGGGUCGAUUCUUCGCCUCUUCGGGUGUUUGUUUUGUCCAGCGUUUACGAGUGGAUAAAUAAUUUCAAGGUUACAACAAGUACGGGAGUGCUAGCCAAAAGGGACCAAGCUAAAAAUAACUUAAAACCUGUCUCCGCGUUUAAUUUCUCGAUGCACAAAAUCAUUCGGUAAGAGGAAAACAAAUCGUUCGGACAAAUUUUGUGUGAAUUGAACAAGAAGUGUGUAAACAGAGAAAAAAACAGCUAUUUCGUAGAAUUCUGUGUGGCAAGCGGACAAAUUAGUUGUGAGCAGUGGAAGAUUGGCAACGGUUCAGGGUGAAAGUGUUUAUGCGAAGCGGUUUUACGUGCACCGCCUAGUAGAUAUGGCCAGAAGGUCCUCGUUCCGAUACAUCACCUUCAUUUUGACCUGUAUGUGCAGUCGUUAAGUUUCGCUGGGGUAUGUUGUUUUCCUCCACAAGGCCCUGAUAUCUAGUUGCAACCAAUAGGGGAAAAGGCUAGGUAACUGUUUUUGCAGUACCCAUUGUUGCGAAAGUGCACGGAAAGUGUCCAAGGUAUGGCAGAAAAUAACUUCGUAAAGUGCGAAGGAGUGAAUAGCUGGCUCUGAUAUUUAUCUUCGUCAGGGAUAAAAGCUUCAUUGUGAUACGUCAAUUUGUGAUAUAGCGUAGUGUUUUGGAAUGAGCAACCGGUGAAAGCAGCAGAGUGUAUGUUAUCUCUUCCUAAAUUGGCCACUCACUUUUCCCAACGAUCGUGUAGAUUACGAAAUGUUUGACAAAGUUUUAUGAUUCAUAUUUUUGUUGUUAUCAUUUCGUAACAUCAAUUGUGAUUCUCUCGCGCGAAGUGUAUUUUUCGUUCGUGUUCUUCGAAUCUUAAACCAUGACCCCAGGACGUACGACCAGGAUGGAACGCAGCCGGCUCGAUGUUGGUGGCUCCUCAGGUGGGAGUGAAGAACGCAAAAGACCUGGCGAGAUAAUUCACUCCGGCCAGUUUAUGGUAUCGCACUUUGAAACCGAAGGCCAGGAGGACGAAGAUGACGAUGACCUGGGAAUGCAGGUUGUGGUUGAAGACACGAAGCCAGCCAUUGUUGAUACGGUCAUUUCGAAUAUAAUAUCCAAGAGAAACCCUCAACUGGGAAUGGGUUCGGCGGAACUUAUCGCCAGCAGUUCUAAUGCGAUCGUACCUCUGAGAAGUAAUCCUGGCGGUGGCGAGUUGAUUCGAUACGCACAAAAACGUCAGCCGUUGCAGCUUACCAGUCGAUAUUCUUCGUCCCAGGUGGAGAUCGAUACGGAUUUGUCGACGGUUUUCAACACACUGAACGUUACUUACACACAAAAACUAACGUCCCCCAAAUGGAAUCCGUUCAAAGGGAUCCGGCUGCGUUGGAAGGAGAAAAUUCGUUUAAACAACGUUAUCUGGAGAUGCUGGCAUAUGCAAUUUAUCAUGAAAAGGAAAACUCUAGUCUGUCAGUUUGCAUCUCCACUAGACGUAGACGUACAUACCUCACCUCAGGCAAUCCUCCUCGAAGGAAAAUACUGGAAGCGAAAGUGCAACGUAAUCAAAGCUGAGUACAAAAAAUGGCGUCGAUUCUACGUCAAUAGAGCUUUGGGGGCAACCAAUAUUAUAGAUACGGCUAGUGAAUUAGACUUCCUGGAAUGGUCCCCGAACAGCAACGAACCGAUGUUUAUGAUAACGGAUUGUAUGCCCACAGAUACUUUGCUCUCAACACUGUCGCAGUAUCCGUUUCCCGAUUCAAGAGAAAUUGCGCGUGGAGCGGGUCGAGCAGAUUUCAUUCAACCUAGUCUUGGACCACUGCAGCCGAACUUUGACGAUUUGAUGGAUUUAGAUUUGGAUUUUCUUAACUUUCCGCGUCUAGCCCCGGUACCGGAAGAAGGCUCGGAGGAUAUUUUGAAGGCAAUCGACUAUAAUUAUUCAUCAGGUAGCAAUCACAUAAAUAGCAGUAGCAGCAUUCAAGAGAUUACUGAUACUCCCUCUAAUAUCACUCAACAAAACUCAACCCAGAGUCAAACUUCUCGAUCACGUGGAAAUACCAGCUCCGUGAUAACCAGUCCUGGGGGUUCAAUUACUGUUGGUCAGCAGCAGCAACCUUCUAUAUCAUCAAUCAUCGCCCCAGCUACAAUACAUUAUUCAGCCAAAAUCUUUACUCAGAACCUCAAUGCAACUGGUUCUCUAUCAUCUGCCACCUCUCAAGCCACAAUACAACAGCAACAGCAACAACAACAACAGCAGCAACUAAAUAACGCUGUGGGCACAUAUCUUUCUGCUCAAAUAGGACCCCAAACUGUUUUGCAACAACCAAUAUUGACGACAAACUUGAACGUAACGAGUAACGUCAGUGAGCAAACAUCUUCUAUAACACCGGUGGUUGGGCCCAGCGACGAGUCUAACAAGGAUCUCAAACCUAAAUAUUCUCGCAAUUUUCUGAAAUAUCUAGGUCGGGAACCUCACAACUACGACAAAUGUCCGCCCACUACACAUCAAACCAUGGCCUACAAUUUGGUCACGCAGCCGCAUUUGAGUCAAAGUAUUCUCAAUAACCCGUAUGCUGCCUCCCCCUAUCAGGUGCAACCAGGUGGAAUAAUUCAAAUAUCCGGAACGCCACCGGCCCAAAACAUGCUGAACUAUAACCUGCAAAUGCCAUCCACGAAUACCGCAACGAAUCCAAUGAACUUAUCGAGCAGCCAAAUUACGGGGGGCAGUAAUCCGAAUAUUUUGGUCCAAGGAAUAAACUCCAAACUACUGACACACAGUCAAUCUCUUCCGGUAGCGAAUCAGCCUAACCAGCAGAAACCCCAACCGCGUUCGAAUUCGAUGCCAACGUCGCAAAAUUCUCCGCCAGGCGCCAUUCUUCAGCAGCCUCAACAGGAAAUUUUCAAGGGCUCCCUACAUCCGACCCAGACGUCAACUUAUAAAUCAUAUCACAAUCACCAAUUGCAACCUUACAAAAUUCCUUCCCAAAAUACGGGAGCAUAUGGCGGCAAUAGCCGAAACAUGAGAAAUCCAUCACCUCCAGGGCACCAAGCUACGGCCUUGAUCCAGCAGCCUACCCUGGAGCAAUCCCAACAGCAACUACAAGAUCUCCAACUGCAGCAACAACAGCAGCCAACUUCUCAGCAGCAGCAACAACAACAACAACUGCAACAACAGCAGUCGCAACAGAAGCGACUUCCUCCGCAUCCAACCAAAGAAAUGUUUCGUUCGAACAGUCUACCCAUCAACGCAACCUUUCCCUUGCCACCGAAGGAGGAAAACUUUGUUGUGCCUCGAUACCAGGCGAAACAAAAUCCGAAGCUUAGAUCGCGGAGCAAUUCAAUGAUUAUGAAGCAGCCACCAGGAAACUCGAUGGCUACCGCCAUCAGUGGGGCGAAUCUGCUUCCGGCGCUUCACACAACGACCAGCGAACCGAUGCUGAACGUUACCAACAGUGCGCUGCUGGCUCAGCUGCUAACAACGAAUAAUACGGCUGCUCUUCUCAACAUGAAGCAACACAGUACAUCCUCAAGUGCCAUAAAUAAGUUAUCCUUGCAGAAACAGCAGCAGCAGCAACAACAACAAUCCAGUCAACACAUUGCUCAUCGUCAACAACAGACGCAGCCACAGCAGCAGCCGCUUCAAACCUUCCAACAGCACUCGCUGGGAAGUCCCAUUUCUCCGACAUCUUCCCAUCUGCAACUCAGUCAAUCCGCACAGAGUCCCCAGAACCAACCGCAAGCACAGCUUCCAUCAUUGAGUAAUCUUCCGGGACACAAUUCCGUGUUGACCUUCGCUUCGUCUACCCCCUGUGCUGGCAUUUCCUUGUCUAAUCAGAGCCUUUCGGCUGAGUCAGUACUGGAUAACGAUGCACCAAUGUCACCGAUUGGCGUCGGGUCUGGCACAACCGAUAGUGCGGGCAGCGUUAGUAGCAGCGGGGGUGGUGGUAGUGGUGCGACUAGCAAAUUUAUCCAACAGCAACAUACGCGAACCGACAACCAGCGACGCACCGGACACAUUCACGCCGAGCAAAAGCGUCGCUACAAUAUCAAGAAUGGCUUCGAUACGCUGCACUUACUUAUCCCCCAGCUGCAGCAGAAUCCAAACGCCAAGUUGAGCAAAGCCGCAAUGUUGCACAAGGGCGCAGAGUACAUCAAGCAACUACGAUCGGAGCGUGCGGCAACCAACGAGAAAAUGGACGCAUUGCGUAGAGAAAUUGAUGCACUUAACAACUCGCUGAGUAAUUUACAAACCGCGCUGCCAGCAAGUGGUGCUCCUGUGUCACGUCAACGGACAGGUCGUGUUCAAGAGCUGUACCACCAAUAUGUGCGACAACGAACACUCGAUAAUUGGAAAUUUUGGAUCUUUGGCCUAAUUUUCGAACCGCUGAUGAAUACCUUCAAUCAAACUGUUUCCGUUGCCAACAUAGACGAAAUGUGUCGUACUUCGCAACUGUGGGUCGAUCAACAUUGCUCACUGGUGGAGUUAAGGCCAGCGGUUUCGAACAAACUGAGGCAACUUUCGACGACCACAGACAUUCUGUCUGAUCCGCCCACUUCGUUGCAGGAAGAAGUGCUAAAAGCUAUUUCCACAUCGAUGCCACUAGCCGGACCCAGUGGCAACAACAGCAGUCACGGUGGCAGCAACGCAAACAGCCCUAACCGAAAUUCUGGAGGAAUGUAAUCAGGGUAAAAAGCCGUUAUAGUUACAGCUACUGAGUUAUAAGGGGGGUUUUUGAGAAACAUGAUCCAUGAGAUAUUGAGUGCCUUCAAAACAAAAUCGAGCUGGAUUGAGCCCGAUCAGAAAUGAUCGGAGAACGGUGGGGAACUCUGCCUGAUAAUUACGUGUGACCGUAAUCUUCCACUAGAACUGAGUUUGCGUUUAAUAGUAAGCAGUACAAUUUGUGCGAUUUUGUAGCAUUUCGCCCCAGUAGCGGAUUGUUUCAACAAAUUUGAAUAUUUCCGCUUGAAGUUACUGUAAAAUUUUUUUGUUUUUAUUAUUAUCGUUUUCUUCAUUACUCUCAUUGCUAUCGUCUAUUCAAAUAUGUUUUUUCGACAGUUGAGAAAACAAGAACGAAUUGGGGAAGAAUAAGAACCAUGCUACACGUUGUGUACUAUAUAAGUUUUUUACUUGUUGAAUGUUCGCUUAAUUGUAAUGAUACAACUAGAUAACUGUACCAUACUACAAUGUAAGAAGCACAGGAUGAAUAUAUUUUUGUGGAAACAUU